UCUACUUCCUCUUUGGUGAGAUCUUGGAAAGCUUGAAAAUUGGUGAAACAAUUUCAUUGACGACAGUUUUUGAUAAUUUAAUUAAUUUUUAAAGGUUCAAUUUCAGUUUAGUUUAUCUCAAAAUGUUGAUUCCCAAGAACAAUAGAUUAGCCAUCUAUGAAUAUCUAUUCAAGGAAGGAGUUUUGGUCGCCAAAAAGGACACCAAUUUACCUCGACAUCCACUUAUCCCAAGUGUAACAAACCUUCAAGUAAUAGUGACUAUGAAAUCACUUACAUCUAAAGGUUUGGUUAAAACCCAAUUCGCAUGGAGACAUUACUAUUACUAUUUAACAAAUGAAGGAAUUGCUUAUCUUCGAAAUUUCCUCUGUUUACCUGCCGAAAUUGUCCCAGCUACUCUAAAAAGGAAACAAACCGAAGCCAGAGGAACAGCUGGAGCUGGAGCUGGAGCAGGAACUGGAGCCGGUGUUGGUGCUGGUGCUGGUACUGGACCUGGUCUUGGAGCUCCUGAGUCUAAAUUCAAAGGAUAUGGACGAGGAAAACCUGUUGAAUAACUGUCUAAUAUAAAUUUCAAUUUAAAUCAUUAAAACAAAUUGGUAAAAAUUUGAA